GUAUCCGCCACUGUAUGAAACCCUACUUUUAUAGUGCAGCUGGAGGAGACUCUCAUGGAGGUUCCAUCGAAUGAGAAUUUAGAGCAAACAGCGGCUUCCUCAGUCGACGCCGUUAAUCCACACAGUGAUGAUGUGGUACCUGAUUCUUCCAACCACAGGGAUGGUGAGCAAGAUAGUGAGCAAAGGGAUGAUGAUGUUUCUCGGGAAGAAGUGAGGAAGGUUCUAGAAGUCAUUGCAUCUACGGGGAAGUUCUGGCAUGACUGGGAUAAGCUCAAGACUAUGCUAUCUUUUCAGCUGAAGCAGGUAUUAGCAGAGUACCCUGAGGCAAAAAUGACUGGUGAACAGCAAUAUGCUUCUUUAGGAGAAUCCUACUCUGAGGUGGUCAACAAGUUGGAUGAUGCGCUUACUUGUUUCAUUGAAGGCCCUCCCUUUACAUUGCAAAGGCUUUGUGAGAUCCUAUUGGAUGCAAAAGGCAUUUAUCCACAUCUUUUGAAGCUUGCUUUGGCCCUGGAAAAGAACUUGUUAGUUACAUCCACAUUGACAAUAUCUACUGAUCCAUUUCCACAAGCAACAACAGUACACGAGCUAGAUGAGCAAGAGAAUGCAAAUGAAAAACAACAGCUGCAACUCGAUGGCAUAGAAAAUGGCACUGAACCUCCGGUAGCUGACAAGGAUGAAGUGAUGGCUGAGGCAGAUACAGGUGAGGAUAUGACCAUUGACACAGUUGCUUCGGAAGACGCUAAAUCAUCAGAAACAAAGUCUGAGCCAGAUGCUAAUAAUGCAUAGCCUUUGUUUUGUGUUCAAUGUUGUAUGUUAAAUCCAUUACUUGAUAUGAGUAUUUGAUCCGUAUGUUUUCUGCUGUUGAGCACGAACUGCUAUGAGGACAUUAUGGACGUUGAUCAUUCAGUGUUAAUCCUUAUAUUUUCGAAUUUCUUAGCACUCGAAAUCAGGACUUUGUAUCUCUUAGAUGCUAUGAUUGUAUUGGUGGCAUGAGGAUCAAGAUCUCAGUGCAGCAUGCUUUUUAA